AUGAGGCGGAAACUGUCCGUCUACGGGACGUUACGACAUGUUCAGAAGAAUAAAGCAACCCCAAUCAUUGGUCGUCAUAUCGAUGCUUGCUCCCGCUACAAGAGUCACCUGCGACCUUUCACGUGGCCGAGAGACUGCUCCGCAGGAGGUCCCGUCAUGGUGAUCAUUGUCCGUGCUGUACAUGCCUACGUAUUCCUUCGCUUCGUCGAGCACAGCGACCCCGAGCUUUAG